AUGACUUUUCCAGCUACUACUUCUACCUUUAAUCUAAAGCUGCAAUCGCCAAAUUCAAGUUUACGUGAUAACACCGUGAAUGUUGACGCGUUAAUAAUGAAUAGAAAUAAUUCAAGGGAAUCGAUAAGUGAAGCCAUUAUAUCGGAGAGACAAAAAAUACAUAGGGAUCGUUCACCUGUCCAUCGUUCUCCUAUUUCAGAUCAUGAGAGAAAGCAAAGACAAAGGCAAGCAGAAGAAGAUAGAAAAAGCAAGAGAUUAAGUCAGAGUCUAAAAAUACGUGGUGGAUUAGAUAAAAUGGAAGAGUUCGUGAUAAGGGGGGAAAGACUGAAAGAAUUGCAAGAACUGGCAAAGCAAGCAGAAGAACACACACUUCCAAGCGAAUUUGCUGAGAAAUAUGAAGAAGCUAAUGGCGAAGAUAUAGACGAUGAUGAUCUACUAGAAUGUCUGGAGGCACGUGAAAAUAAGGCAGCUGAGUUGGAAAUCCUGCUUGCAGAGUUAUUUAUAAGCUGA